CUGCUGCUGCUGCUGAUCAGAGGUGUGUGCGCUGCGACGGGCUUAUUUACACCCGUUCAGUCACACUGGAUCAUAGAAAAGCUCUAGCGCUCCUUAGGAAAUGGACUUUCUAAAGGGAUUAAUGCGUCUCUGCGGUGAUACAUCUCAAGCUCUAAAUUUGCAUCAUCAGUCCCACAAGCUGUUCCUCCAAACAGUGUGGAAAAGAUUUACGCAGCCACAUUACUGAAGAGGAUUCUAUGACUUAUGCUACAUCCACAAUUUAACUGCGUGUCAGAGAUGCCCCCUUCCAUAAAGUGGUGCAUUAGGUGGGCUGUCUGCUUGUCCUUUAUUCUCGCACUGAUCCCCAGGUCCAGAGGAUCGAUGCUGAAUUGUCACAAAAUGUGCAUAUGCGCCAGUAACAUCGUCAGCUGCUCCAAGAUGAACUUGACGAUGGUUCCGUCCGAGCUGCCCAACUACACAGCUGUGCUUGACAUUAGUUUUAAUGAGAUAACCGGACUACGCGCACAAUGGACCAAGCACAAACUUCCCAACCUCCACAACCUCUUGCUCAGCCACAAUGGUUUGUUGUUCAUCUCUUCUGAGGCGUUCAUUUUCGUAAAGCAAUUGCGCUACUUGGAUCUGUCAUCGAAUAAACUGCGACAGCUAGACGAGUUCAUUUUCGAGCCACUGCUACAUCUGGAGGUUCUGCUGCUCUACAACAACCAGAUCUCGCAGAUCGACCGCACAGCCUUCUCGGGCCUCAGUGGCCUGCAGAAGCUCUACCUGAGCCAGAACCAGGUGUCCCGCUUCCCCCUGGAGCUCGUCAAGGACAAGAGCCGACAGGACAAGCUGAGCCUGUUGGACUUGUCUUCCAAUCGGAUCAAGGUUCUCCCCAUUCAAGACCUCCAGGCGCUGCCGGCCUGGAUCAAGAAUGGGCUGUACUUCCACAACAACACCCUCAUCUGCGACUGCGAGCUGUACAGUUUGAUGGCUCAUUGGUAUAUCCGACGGCUCAAUUCAGCUGUGGACUUCAAGGACGAACACACCUGUGUGCAUCCCGGCCCAGAUAAACGGGUGCUGCGUUUGUACGGUCUCAACACUCAUAUGAACUGCAGCACGUUUAAAGAAACCGACCAAGAGGCUUAUUUGGAGCAGACGCUCACCCUCAGCUGUGAUACCAAACAGCGGAAAAUGUCCAAGACCUGGAUGCUGCCUGGAAACAUAUUGGUGCCUCCUGACAGUAACCAGGGCGAUACAAAUAACGACAAGUUUGUGAAAAAUGGCAACCUUGAGAUAAAAUCGAUACGACCUGAGGACUCAGGUGUGUACACCUGCUUCGCCGUGAGUGAAUACCUCAACGAAACGCUCUAUGUGGUGGUCAAAGUCCACAACUUCACCCUCAACGGCAACGGCGAGACCCUCAACACUGCGUACACCACUCUGGUGGGCUGCUUGGCCAGCGUGGUCCUGGUUCUUAUCUAUCUGUACCUGACACCCUGCCGCUGCUUCUGCUGUCCAGACCAGGGCAAAAAGAACCAGCAUGAAGACAGCAUCCACUCCUCCAUGCUCAGCGCCACCCCGACGCACGAGGAUAUGGCAACCAAAGCAGAGCUCAACAGGCACGUGGCCUUCAUAGACCCCAAGGACCUGCAGGGACAGAAUGGAAAGGUGAAUCCUAACGGAGAUGAAGAAGUGGAUGAGGAGGCCAUGCAGGGAAAAGGAAAGCGGAAGAAAUCGGUGGCAGACUCUAUUAGUUCGGCCUUUUCUGAUACUCCCAUUGUAGUCUGAGGGAGGAUGUGUCUUUUUGGCUAGAGACAGUUCGUUGUUGUGGCUUUCCUGGACUAAGAGACUAGAGUACACAGUUUGCCAUCCUCAGUGUUUGGCUGUUUCUGCAAAACCUUUCCAGCAUUUUAAUCUGUAGCACUUAAGUAUAUACUGUGAAAAGGUCUUGCCAUAUUAGUGGAACCUAAACUUGGAGUGUUUAGAUGUUCCUGUGAGUUUAAGCCCACUAAGUGUGACUAGAGGUAGUCUGGGUAAACAACAAAUGCAAUUUGCGAUUUCUCAAUGAUCAAGCUAGAAAGCUAUAGGUUGAGACACUAGAACAUUAAUACAUCCUCUAUAUAAUCACAUCAUAAGCAUGAGCUUUGCAGACUGCUAAUGUUAAGAAGAAUAUAGCAUAGAAUGAAGCCCUUGUAGCUAAUAAUAUUUACCACAAUUUACGCUAACUGACCAACCAUACCACUUUAUGUAAAGCCAUAUGCAGUUGGUCAUUGCAGGAGAAAGCAAUUAUAGCAUUUGAGAGGACAGUCACAAGAAAAUGAUGAAAAAGUAUUCGUUUCUGUGGAACAUGUUUUUUUUUUUAGCUCAAACCAUCAUCAUUUUCUGAAUGAUUUAGAAAAUCAAGUUUGAAGUUUGAACGCAGGUCAAAACACAGUGAUUAGCCGAAUCCCCCUAUGUUCUGAGAUUCUAAAUUAUUACUGCAGGCAUACAGCAGUGAUCUCUCAAAGACCAAUAUUAUAUUUGCAUAUACAAUGCCAUAGGAAUCUAAAGAGACUGCUAUGAAUCAUAAUGUAAUGCGUAAAGCUUGUUGGCCUGUGCUCAAGGUAGAUGACUAGAUGCAUUCCAACCAGAUAUCAACAUUACGCAUUUUGAUUACAACGUUAUUGUCCUGGUGGACUCGAAGGGCAUGAUAGGACUGUUCUAGAACGCCAGUCAAUGAUGUUAGAGAACCAGACGUGGAUUUAGAACGUCCAGCGCAGCGCACACAGUCUCUAGAACCCUUAAUUCUGGGAAUGCCACUUCCAUUCUUGUGUUCCUGGAAAGAAAUCGGGACGCAUCUCACGUGUUAACCAUAACCACAUAUUUAUAACAGGGUCUGGUUGGGAUCAGCGGGAGCAAUCUUAGUUUCCUCCGUCCUCUUUCCCUAGUAACAUCGUAAUUACAUCCUGUUUUGCGAGCAAGGGAGUGGGUGACGCUAUUAAAUGUUUGAUAGGUGGAUGAACUCACAAACAGUAUUAUCUCAGGGAGAGGGAAUGACAGAUAAUAGCAGCUAUGGCAGACUGCAGUCAUGGGCAGUUACGGUCUCUCCAGCUGCAAUCCCAAAUUAGUGUGGAGGGGAGGGAAAGGCCUUACCAUCACGAGCGCUGUGGGAGGAGGCCUGAGAUCUCUGCGGUCUGUUCACAAAGAGACAGAAAAGCCAAGUGCUCCCCCUAAAACCUCAUCCAGCAGCUUUUCGCCCGUCGUGUGUGUUCUUCUGAACUGUGUGUCCUUGGCUAUUUCGCUAUGAGCAGAGUUCCACUGUUCAUUACUCAGCAUUUGACAGUACAUCUGUGCUUUUGUAUGUGCAAACAGUGUUUGUUUUUACAGUGUUUAUGAGAUCGUGUCAUUUUAGGUAGCUUUUUUCCCCUUGAGGUUCCAAAGAGACUCAGUUAAUUCCUUGUUCUUCUGUGUAUUGUUGUUCCUAUACAGUUGUCUAGAUUCCACUUGUGACUAUAGGAUAUUGGUAAACCUAUUUUAAUGACACUGACUGUAAAGGUCUUUCUCUGUCAUGUAUUUUGAAAUUUGAUCAUCUAUUUGUCUAUUAUAUGUUGUUAUUUAGACAAAGAAAUUGAGAUUUUUUUAAUGUCAGUAAAUUAAAUCUCAAGAAUAAUCACAGACUGCAUCAAAGUACCAAAACUCUGUUGCAUUAAUUAGAAAUGUAAACGUGGAUUGCUGUUCCCAGCCCGCUUUCCUUUUGUAAUAAGAUGUAUUUCUAAGCAAAACGUUAUAUUCAACAAGAAAAAAAG